CUUGAUUCUCGGGGCUGAAAGUAGGGAAGAGGAGUUGCAGCAUCCGACUUUGCCAUGGAAGACAUAGCAGUAUUCUGCUCAUGGGCUGAUGCGCAACUCAACGCAGACCACUCCUCUCUCAGAGGACUUCCGACAGAAGUCCGAUCACUCAUUAUCAGAUCAACAGCAUCUCAAUAUCUGGAGUCCCUCGCCGACGCUAUUCGAGAUGCUCAAUACACAGAUGCGCUCUUUCCGCUUUACAAACCUCUCUUGCCCGAGCUGCUUGCGAGGUGGUCGAGUCCCACUCGCACCACUGACCUCAAGGACAUUGUCACCACUAUUUCAUGUCUGGCGCGGGUUUUGCCACUUGCUACAUAUCUGCGCCCUCAUGUCAAGUGUCUUCUUCGGAUAGACCUCUUACGGCAUCGUCUGUUGGAUCUAGGAAGCGCUCCCACCGAGCCUCAAGACGAUGUCGACCAUUCGCUUCUGCUCGCGGUUUUCCGCCUUCUCUCCUUCGACCGACGCAUGCUCGCCGACAUCGUUACUCCUGUCUUUUUCUCGUCCUUUUUGCGUCAUCGCUCGUUGUCAGUCAGAUACUUGGCUGUCCAGUGUCUGUGCAUAAUCAUGCACUUUGCCGAUGCGUUUUCGGAGACGAUGGUCAAGACAUAUGUGGGCAACGAAGCCAUAUGGGGCGAGUGGGAGGGCCGCAGGAUCGACUAUCGACUGCUCAAGCUUUGGGAAGAGAGGCGCUGGAAAAGCCUUGAUCGUGCGCUGGCAAGCAUUGAGAAGUCCUGGCAAUCGUCACCACCGUCACCUUCAAAAGCUCCCAACCUGCUUGCUGAAAAUUUCUCACCACGCAUCGUUGAUAUCGGCAGCGUUCUUCACUUGCCCUUGGAAGGCCAGACUCCAAGCUCCUCUGCUUCCACUUUCGUUCUGACCGCCACUGCGAAGCGCAAUUUACGGUUGCUCGGCCAGCGUUUGCUAGAUUCGAGACCGAUCCUCAUCUCAGGACCGGCCAGUUCCGGAAAGACCUCGCUCAUUCACGAGGCCGCCAGGCUCCUAAAUCAAACGUCGUCGAUGAUCACAUUGCACCUCAACGAACAAACCGAUGCUAAGAGUUUAUUGGGGAUCCACACCUCUUCGGCCGAUGGCAGAUCUUUCACCUGGCAACCCGGCGUUUUGACCAAGGCCAUGCAGCAGGGACGAUGGGUUCUGAUAGAAGAUAUUGAUCGGACGCCUGGCGAGGUCAUGGGAGUGCUGCGUCCGAUCCUUGAGAACGGCGAUCUAUUCCUGCCUAGUCGUAACGAAAAGAUCCGCCCAAAGGAUGGUUUUCGCAUAUUGGCAACAGUCGAGGCAACCAGGCAGACCUCUUCCGCGACAAAUUCUCGCCAAUCGUGGUUACUCAAUCCUCGACUCUGGAGCACUGUCGAAGCGGCCAACUACCCACCUGAAGAGGUCGAGGCUUUACUUUAUUCUCGAUACCCUAAUGCUAGUGUUUUCAUUCCGACAAUCUUGCGGGUUCACCGAAAUCUUCUUUCUCUUUACAAAGACCACCAUGCACUAAAAAGAGUACAGACACGACUUCCCUCUCUAAAAGACCUGCUCAAUCUGCUGAGGAGGAUUGUUCGCAGACUGGGGCGUCAUGGUGGCCGUUCAGAGACGGACCCUCUCCCCGAACAUGCAAAACUCGACAUAUUCAAGGAUGCUGUCGACUGCUAUGCAGGCUACCUUGACAACGAGGAAAUUCACGACGUGAUGGCUGAGAGUAUUGCAGCUGAGAUGAACAUAUCGCCCCAGCAGAUGCGGUAUUGUCUGAAUGAAGCUCUUCCAGCUUUUUCAGAGGACAAAGAUGUGGUGCAGGUUGGGCGAAGCACUCUCACAAAAAUUGCCCUUCGCCGUCGACAGGCUAAAAAAGCCCCUUUCGCACUCACCACUUCGGCUGGCAGAACGCUUGACCGUAUCGCCGCGUGUGCAGACUGCUCGGAACCGUGCCUUUUGGUUGGUGAAACUGGGGUUGGGAAAACAACGCUGGUGCAACACAUUGCCAACCUUGUGGGCCAGACACUUACCGUGAUCAACCUUUCACAACAAAGCGAAGCUGGUGACCUUAUUGGGGGGCUGAAGCCUGUGACAGUUCGAUCUCUGGUCCUGCCAGUAGUCGAAAAGUUCAAUACCUUAUUCGAUGAUACCUUCUCUGCGAAAAGGAACGAGAAAUUCCAGAUCGCUCUGGCCAAGGCAUUUGCGAGACAGAACUGGUCGAGACUAAUAAUUUUGUGGAAUGAAGCAAUUCAAAUGGCAGCAACCUCUCUCAACACGGCGGAACAUCCUCAUACCAACGGAUCUGUCCAUGCAAACAAGAAGCGCCGGCUAGACACACCAAGAUAUGAAGUCCUGCGCACAAGGUGGGCCGACUUUUCCGAAAGUUUGAAGCAGAUUCGUGCGUUUGUUGACCAUGGUGGCAAGACGCACACUUUCGCCUUCGUCGAAAGCAGGUUGGUGCAAGCAGUCCGAGAGGGCGGAUGGGUACUCUUCGAUGAAAUCAAUCUAGCUCCCUCAGACACUCUAGAUCACAUCGUCAGCCUUCUACACAAUGGAGAUGAAGAAAAGCCAUCAUUGCUGCUCACCGAAGCGGGCAACAUUGAGACCAUCAUUGCCCAUCCGAAUUUCCGAGUCUUCGCUGCUAUGAACCCGGCAACAGAUGCAGGAAAAAAGGAUCUCCCGCCUGCCCUGCGAUCACAAUUUACCGAGAUAUAUGUUCCCUCUGGUGACAGUAAUCUUGAGGACUUGACCAAGGUCAUUCAAACCUAUCUUGGGACCCUACUUGACAAUGACAAACGAGCUGCCCUAGAUCUCGCGAACUCCUACCUCGAGCUGAAGAGGCUCAAUGAAGCACACCAGCUUACCGAUGGAGCAGGUGAAACACCGCAUUUCAGCAUUCGAUCGCUUGUUCGGUGCCUGUUAUAUGUCUCACAACACAGUGCGAUCCACGGUCUGAGACGUGCCAUGUUCGAGGGAUUUGCAAUGAGCUUCUUCACAGUACUGAGCAGAGCGGCGGAAAGUCUAGCUUUGCCAUUUCUUGAAAAGCACUUACUCUCAAGUGUCAAGAAUCGAAAGGCAUUCUUCAGCCAGCAACCGAAGAUGCCACUUACUGGAGAAGAUUACAUUGCUUUCAAACAUCACAUCGUCAAGAGAGGUCCAAUGCCUCCAGACUUUCAACCGCACUACAUUAGAACACCCUCCGUCGAACGCAAUCUGCUCAAUCUGGCACGCGCUGCCUCCAUGCGACGCUUUCCAAUUCUUCUACAAGGGCCGACGUCGGCUGGAAAGACCAGUAUGGUGGAGUAUCUUGCAAAAUUAUCAGGCAACAAAUUUGUUAGGAUUAACAACCACGAGCACACAGACCUCCAAGAAUAUCUGGGCAGCUACAUGUCAGAUACGGACGGCAAACUCGUGUUCCGAGAAGGUGUCUUGGUGGAUGCUCUACGUCUGGGCCACUGGAUCGUGCUCGACGAACUGAAUCUGGCUCCGAGUGAUGUUCUCGAGGCCCUCAAUCGCUUGCUGGACGAUAACAGAGAGCUCCUCAUUCCAGAGUCUCAGGAAAUCGUGCGUCCACAUCCUAACUUCAUGCUCUUCGCCACGCAGAAUCCAGCUGGCCUGUAUGGAGGCCGGAAGCGGCUGUCUCGAGCUUUCAGAAAUCGCUUUCUCGAAAUCCACUUUGAUGAUAUUCCUGAGGAUGAACUGGAGAUAAUACUGCGAGAACGGGCACAGAUUGCUCCUUCUUUUUGCACCAAAAUUGUUGCUGUUUACAAAAAGUUGUCACUUCUCAGGCAGUCUUCUAGAUUGUUCGAACAGCGCAACAGCUUUGCCACAUUACGAGAUCUGUUUCGAUGGGCCUCAAGACCCGUGGAUGACUGGCAGCAGUUGGCACAUCACGGCUUCAUGCUGCUGGCUGAACGGGUAAGAGAACCUGCAGAGCGUGCUGUGGUCAAGAGCAUUCUUGAGGAGACUAUCAAAGUCGUCAUUGACGAAAGUGUACUGUAUGGUGCGUCGAAGAUUCCGGACACUGUUCAGCACUAUGGUUCGAUUGUCUGGACCCCAGCAAUGAGACGAGUUUUUGUUCUUGUGGCUGAAGCACUGAAGAAUAAUGAGCCAGUUCUCUUGGUCGGCGAGACUGGGUGUGGAAAGACUCAAAUCUGUCAAGUGAUUGCCGAAGCAACUGGCACACCACUCGAUAUCUACAAUGCCCAUACAAAUACCGAAACUGGUGACCUCAUUGGCUCUCAGCGCCCAAUUCGUAACCGAUCCGAGAUUGUCAACAACGUGCAAGCAAGCUGGCAAGCCCUGAUUGGCUCCAGACCUGAUGGCAUCUUGAUCGAAGAUCUAGGCGUUGACCGAAUUGUGGAAUUGUUCAAAACUUUGGAUCGAUCUAACUACGAGCCCAGACUCGUCGAGCAUCUCCGAUCUAGCAUCGGAGCAUAUGAGGCUCUGUUUGCGUGGAACGAUGGCAGCCUCGUCCGAGCCAUGAAAAGGGGCGAAUAUUUCUUGCUCGAUGAGAUUUCCCUGGCUGAAGAUUCCGUCCUUGAACGUCUGAAUAGUGUCCUGGAGCCAUCCCGGACAAUUCUGCUCGCGGAGAAGGGUUCUGUCGAUAAUCUCGUCGUCGCGCACCCAAGAUUCCAAUUCCUAGCCACCAUGAAUCCCGGAGGGGAUUACGGAAAGAGGGAGCUGUCAGCGGCACUGCGAAAUCGGCUGACCGAGAUAUGGGUACCUCCUCUGUCUGAAAUAGCAGAUCUCUUGCCCAUUGUCCAGAAUAGGCUGGGAACGAGAAAGAGCGAUCUAGCCAAGAAGAUGCUCGAAUUUGCUGCCUGGUUUCGUGCCGAGUUCCAUAAUGCGGCAUCCAAAAGUAUUGCGUUGCGAGAUCUGUUGGCAUGGGCAGACUUCAUCAAUCGUGCUGAGUCACUGGGCGUGGAAUCUGCUUUUGUCCAUGGGGCGUUCAUGGUCUAUAUUGAUUCCAUCGGCGCAAAUCCAGCGGGAAUGACUUCCACCGGCACAAGCGACUUGAAGUGGUCAAGGCAAAAGUGUCUCAAUCAAUUACAAGAUCUGGCGAGCCUCGACGUUUCGGAGAGUUAUAAAACAAUCCCCGAGCUUUCGUCUACUGGUGAACGCAUCCAUGUUGGCCCAUUCUCUCUCCCUCGAACCGAAAAUUCGAGUCAGCCAACAACCGAUCUUGUUUUCAACGCUCCGACCACCGCACAAAAUACAAUGAGGAUCGUCCGCGCUCUGCAAAUGGCAAGGCCCAUCCUGUUGGAAGGCAGCCCCGGUGUAGGAAAGACAGCGAUAGUGACAGCGCUUGCCCAAGCCUGCGGCAAGAUGUUUACUCGAAUCAAUUUGUCUGAUCAGACCGACCUUAUGGAUUUGUUCGGAGCAGAUGCCCCAUCCGACAACGAGGGCGUGGGGAAGUUUUCGUGGCAAGACGGACCUCUGCUGAAAGCCAUGCAAUCCGGUGGAUGGGUCCUGCUUGAUGAAAUGAACCUGGCAUCUCAAUCUGUUUUGGAAGGCCUGAACGCUUGCUUGGAUCACCGCCGAGAAGUGUACAUCGCAGAGCUGGAUAAGUCAUUCCUCUGCCAUCCAGAUUUUACCCUGUUUGCUGCUCAAAAUCCUCAUCAUCAAGGCGGUGGUCGGAAAGGACUUCCAGCUUCAUUUGUCAAUCGGUUCACGGUCGUAUACGCGGAUUCUUUCCAGCGUGUGGACUUGGUUCGUAUUUGCGAGUCCAGAUUCCCGGACGUUAACCGUGACCAACUCGAGAGCGUGAUUGACACGGCCACGCAUUUGGAGCAGGUCGUCACUGGAAGCUCAGCCUUUGCGCACGGGGGACCUUGGGAAUUGAAUCUCCGCGACGUGAGCCGAUGGCUGCGACUGUGUAAGGAGCAGCCGACACUUCCCUCGUCCUACCAUCUUCGUACUAUUGUGACGGAGCGUUUUCGCACCUCUGUUCAAAGAGACCUAAUCCUCAAGGAAACCGAAUCGAGUUACAUUUCCAUUACGCCCGAAAGCUUUUAUCACAACAUAACUGAAUCCCUUCUUCAGAUUGGCAACGCUGUUCUGCCCAGGGACUCAGUUUUGCAGAACACUGAAGCACCGAACACAACUCCCUCUGUAUGGCAACUUCCUGCCUCAAAUUCUAUCAUUACGGCCGUCAAACAGAACUGGCCUGUGAUCCUAGCAGGGCCUUCAGGCUCAGGGAAGACAACUCUUGUUCGAUAUCUCGCGGCUGCAGCGGGGGUCGAGCUCGUCGAGUUUUCAAUGAACUCUGAUGUGGAUACAAUAGACCUCGUGGGCGGAUUCGACCAAUACGAUGUCCGUCGCGACGUCAGCGAGGUCCAGACCAAAGUACGAGAAGUGCUUCGAGAACGACUUGCAGCAUCUCUACUGAAUAAAGCCGACGAAGCAGGCCACAUUCAACUGCUGAGGCUAUGGCGAUUGUUCGAAGGCGAUGAGAUAGAUAUCCCUGAUCUUCAGGCAGCCAUCUCAGGUUUACUGUCUAUUUUGCCAGAGCUCCGAGCACAAGUCGAAAUCAUUUCAACUAUUCCAGAUGCAGCAGAUCAGGAAAAUCUCCGGUUCGUCUGGAAUGAUGGCAUUCUCGUCAAUGCUAUCGAGAAGGGUUCGUGGUUGUUGCUCGAAAACGCCAAUUUAUGCAACCCGUCUGUUUUGGAUAGGCUGAAUUCAUUGCUUGAACCUGGUGGAUCACUUGCCAUCAGCGAGCAACAUAGUGGCAGUGCCGGCACGAGAAUUAUUGAGCCACAUCCAAAUUUCAGGAUAUUUCUGACGAUGGAUCCGCGCUACGGAGAGCUUUCGAGGGCGAUGAGGAAUCGAUCGCUCGAGAUUUUUAUGCCCGAAAUCCAAGAGACCUCCAAUGCGUCUCCCGUCCAGUAUCCGAUCGCUUCGGCUCUUACUCGCUUACGACAUUUGUCGGAGACUGCUGACCAAAUCCAACAAGCUCACAGUAUCGAAGCUGCGGUCGACAAUCUCGAUCUUAGAGAUAUGAAGUUGAUCUCACAUGCAGACUGCCCAUUGCCCGGUGCUCACACCAAUGACUCACUGCAAAAGGAGAUCCGCGAGAGGAAUCUAUUCGAGGUAGAAAGCGUGUACCGCACCUUUAGUUCUGUGGGAGUUUCUGCGGACAACCGAUUUCCACAAAUGACCGUCUUGAACGAGCCACUCAUCUUGCUAGGAGCAUUUUCCGGGAAUACAUUCUCAAGUUCUUCGUUCACCAGGCUAUUUACCAGGUAUUGGUACCUCACACGGCGGUUAGCAGAAAUCGACUCAAUCAUGAAGGACGCGUCAACUCGAGCCCAAACUCUCGCUAUCAAAGACCAAACAAUCCUCGAGCGAUCAAUUUCUAUCCCAAAGCGAGAAGCAGUUGGUGCAGCCCCGAACAUUGCAGCUUUUGGAAAGCUUGUUAUCUCGUUAAUUGCCGAACUUGUUCAAAGGGAGAUCAAAGCGAUGAGGAAUUUGGACUUGGCAGAUGGAGUAGAACGAAUGCUCUGUUUUACUCACGAGCUCAUCCUCCUCUGUAACACGAAAACGAUCGACGUGGCUUCGUUCCAGGCAUACCUGCAAGUUGGAACCGACUUAAUCCAUCUCGUUGGGCAAAACUUUCCCGAGAUUGCCGCUCAAUUCUCAAACUGUCUAGAGACUUUAGGAGCAUAUAAACCUGGGCUCAAGACUGGAUUCGGACUUCAGUUCAUGUGGCCAGUUUUUCGGCCCAAGACCGCAAGCACAUGGCCACAACUUAAUUGCCAGCUUGCAUUGGAAGAGCUCAUCGGUAAAUUCGACGUUGCGUGUCGCUCCUUACCGCAAGCUCGAAACUCGCUCUCAGGCCUGAAGCUCAGAUUGCAAAAUGCGUAUGCGUCGAUUGUUGAUUCAGGACAACCUGAGUCCCUGAUGCUGGAUCUUCAAGAAGCCGUGUCUAGACUGGAGGAGCAAUCGACGAAAGGCUUUUUCCUUCAAGGAAAGUUUGAGAACGUCAUCACGUUCGUAUACGAGGCGGUUCGGUUGCAGAAGCGCAUACCGAACGAGCCAGACCUGGGGAAUCUGGCGAUGUUUAUGCCCCAGUCUGAAGGACAAUCACUAGCUGUCGGGCAUGAAAACUCUGUGCCUAAUUCAUUGGCCCGCCUUGCAUCUCUGAAUGCUGAUAUCCUGGUGGAUGAUGGCUCCAUUGGGCUGGAACUGAGUGGUCAGCUUUCUUCGAUCCAGCAGCAGCCUCUCGGCACGCUGGGCCAUGCGAAAGAAGAACUACAACAGCUGACGAGAGCGUUGGCAACCCACACAUACUCACUUGGCGACUUCAUCUCUCCGCUGACUGAGGAUCUGCUCUCGAUCAUAGAAGGAUUCAUGUUUUCCUUCCGCACCCUCCUGACGCCGGAGGCAAGAGAAUGCUUUCCAGAAGGAGGUACACCAGAUCUAUUUCGGCUGGCUGCCAUGCCAAUCAAUGAUGUCUUCCUGAAGGGGCGCAGCGACGAACUCCUCAGUGAAGUCUAUAUCAGACUGAUCCACCCUGUCCUGUCGCGGUUGCAAGACAGGGAUAAAUUUGGUCCUCAGCAGCUCAAAACAUGCCUCGUUCGCUUGUCCCUUGCCGGCCUGAUCCUCAUGGUGCCCGAUAGGCCCAUGGAUCCCGCAACAUACCCGAAAAUUGUGUAUCAUCUCCAUGAUCGCCGACAAGAUGAACUGCUUUCCAGAAUCGAGGGGCAAAAGCAAUUUCACAGGCACCUGAUGGGAACAGACACAGCUCUAGUUAUCCGUAUUCUGCAGCAAGAGCUUCUCGAUUUGGGGACUGUCUCUCAACCUCCGGCAGUCGUCAGACCAGAUAAAGAGGAACUCUUCAAGCUUCAAGAGAUCUUCACAAGAAUUGUUAAUGGCGUGCUCGAAUACCAGGGCACUCAAACGCUUCAAGGAAUACGUGCUGGUGGUGCAGAGUGGAUCGAGCAAUGGUCUAGCCAACAGGGAAUGUCAAAUCUGAGGACCAUCAUUGAGCGACUAGAAAGCUCCCAUCGAGCGUUCGACGACUUUGUGAAGCCGAUCCUAUGGUUUUUGAAAUGCCUGUAUCUUGCCUUGAAGCUUGAGAUUGGGGAGAAGAGUCGAAGCACCACACCCUCCGCUCUUCACGAGCUUAUCGUCAGCACUCCUCUGUUAACGAAUAACCUUGCCACUAUUCGAUACUCGGAACCCCUUCAUGCCACAUCUUCAGUGGUCAAAUUUCACUGGCUGGACUACAUUGGAGUGAGAACUGCUCUAACAGGGAAGGAGGACCGGCUCCUCGUCGAGGAAUUUCUUGGGGUACUUGACAGCUUUUACUUCGAAUGGAAAACUCGCUUAACUCAAGACCAAGCCGACGCUGCAACGAGAUCUCGAUACUACACUUACCGUGGCGACGCGCUUCAAGACGAGGAAGACGAAAGUCGCGAAAUGAGCGAGCUGUUUCCACGAUUCGAAGAUGAAGACCAGGAGGUCGAUAUGCAUCAACACGAUUUCGAUGUUCGCGCUACUGCAGCACGACUCAGUAUGCUGCAUCAAAAGAUCUACGCUCGACGGAAUCCUGAAGAGGCUAUGGAGGCAUUCAUUCUAUCCACAUUGGAGUCAUUACCCAAGGCUGCCGGUGUUGGCGGAGGCACUGGAAGUUCGUUCAUCGAUCUCCUCCCAGCCGUCUUCCUGCAGAUGGAAGCUAAAAUGAACGAGUUCACUGGCGACAAAGGUACCCGCACUUUCAACAUCUACAGCGACUCCGAUGUUCAACAAAGCCAGAAGCUGCUAGAUCUAGUGCAUGAGAUUCAAUCGAGGUUCUACAUCAUUCAAGAGAAGUGGCCCGAGCAUGCUAUCCCCGCAGAGGUCCUGUCGUUUUGCAGAGAGGUCCUCCAUUUGAGCUUCGGCGACCCUGUCGCCAAACUUCUCACCAAGACAGAGAAGCUAUUUGAGAUUGUGUCGCAAUGGCAAAGUAUUGCCAGCAGGGAGUGGUCAGUCAGCCCCCUCGUUGAGCAACUGUCGUCUUUGAUCAUUAGCUGGAGACGCCUGGAGCUCUUAUCUUGGUCAAGGCUACUCGAUGAAGAGAUGCGUAAACAUGAGGAGGACGCACAAGCCUGGUACUUCAUUGCCUAUGAGGCUGUCAUCUACAACUCCAGAAAACUAGACGCCGGUGACGAAGGUGUUCUCUCAUAUCAACGGCAUUUGGUCGAAACACUGCAGGAAUUUCUCAAGUCAGCGACAUUAGGCCAAUACUCAUCCCGCUUGCGACUGCUCGAUACACUUAACAAGACUAUGCAGGCUCUGGCAGAUGAUCAUGUGCACCUCAACCCAAUUGCCGCCUGCGUCCAAAACAUCAUUGAUCAUUAUCGCCGGUAUGAGGGUGGCGUUGAGUCCGUGCUGCAUAGCGGCCGUGUUGGACUGGAGAAGGCUUUGAGCGAGCAGAUCAAACUCGCGAGUUGGAAGGAUACGAACGUCACGGCGCUCCGUGAAAGCGCACGCCGAUCGCACCACAAGCUGUUCAAGAUCGUUCGCAAGUAUCGUGACCUGCUGAACCAGGCUGUUGUAUGCACUGCGCCUGAAGAAUCGGGACAAAAUUCUCCGACCAGCAUCGUGGAAGACCUUUCUGCGCCUCGCUACAACGAUGAACUUAUAGUAGCGGCAUUAGGACGAUGUCGCCUGCUAAUCGAUGAUUGGACCAUGCGCCCUGAGCGUCUUACUCAACCUCUAGGUGCAAUCAGAAGCAUGAGACAUGUGUACCAGUCGAAGGAUACUGAAUUCCAAGCUCAGGUGGAAUUGGCCUCCUUCCGGGAAGACCUGCUUGAAGCAUCAAAGCAAUUGAAGACUCAGACACCGUCAACAUUGACUGAAGACAAUACUCCAUUUGUCCGCCAUCUUCAGGAGAGAAAGAGAAGAUUGCUUGCCGAUACGCUGAAAGCAGUUACGCAUAUGGGAGUCAGGAGAAACCUCCCAACCUCUGAACUUGAGAAGCAAUCGUCAUGUGCCGCUGUUCUCGCACUGGCGGCAGAUUCACCAAUGACCCAACAUACGCCAAUCCAGUCUGCUGCCAACGGGGCACUCCACCAAUUGCUUGAUGUCAUGCCUGAAGUCCGCGCAGCUCGCACAGACCAUUCUGAUGACCUCACCGAUGGAGAAAUCAACCGCUGCGUUGGGCUUUUGGAAGGCUUGCUGUUCUUGACAAUCCGUCAACGUCAAGCAAGUCUGCAGCAAGCAUUCGAAAUAAGGGGACUGGGUUCUCAGUUGUCUAUGCUCAGGUCCGUGGUGUCUUCUCCAUCAGGCCAGAUUAUGCAAUCCACUGUCUCUUCUCACAGUAUCGAUUUUGCGCAAGAGCGCCUCGCAUGGCUAGCAGGGAUCUUGAAUAUUGCCCAUCGUAUCUUAAAGUUCCAGGCGGAAUAUGGUGGGUUCGACAUUAAAGGGUGCUUGGACUCACUGCGUUCCUACGCAAAGCAAAUCACAGACCUGAGACUCAGUGUACUUGACCUGCCUGAAGCACCGUUGGGAUUGACAUGGAAGACCUCACAAGCUCUGAUGGAGAAAAGUUCCGAAGUCCUUUCUCAACUCAAGUCGUUACUGGUGGAGUGGCAAGUCAAGGAGCCUCGUGUUGAGUAUCUCAUGCGCCGAAUCAUUCCCUGGACAGAAACAGUGCCACAACUGACAAACGGAACACAACUUCCUCGGUCGAACUUCCUUCUUCGAGAAUUAGACCAGAAUCUCAAAGACGCGGUAGAUCAAGUUUUUGUGGCAAUGCAGCGACUGUCUUCACUCCCAAAAGAGAUACCCAGCUCAGAGGAAGACCAAGGGUGGCUCUCGAAAUCGGACAGACACAUCGUUGAGGCGUUGAGCUCGCUAAAGAUGAGCACCAUUACCAGCCGACUGGAGAUGUCAGUGACACAAAAGCUUCAAUAUCUAGCUCCCGAGGACUUCGAAGCUGCCAAAGACUUGUUACUUGUGGCGAUGCCGGUGCUCGAUCAAUAUUACCACAUAUGUGAGCAUCUCCAUAAGCGGUACGUGGGACUGUACUUGGAGACGUCCCGGAUGGCCUUGCAGCUAGCGAGGUCUUUCACGGUCAUUGCAAAACAGGGUUUCUGUCGUCCCUCAGAGCCUGCGGAUGGAGAGGAGCAGACCGGCAAACUAGAGUCUGGGACUGGGCUGGGUGAAGGGGAAGGUGCAGAGGAUAUCAGCAAGGAUGUUCAAGAUGAUGAAGAUCUCUCUGAGCUUGCACGUGAAGGGCAGAAGGAAGAGAGGGACGAGGAAAUGGAGAAAACGGAAGAUGCGGUUGACAUGGACCAUGAGGACCUUGAAGGCGAAAUGGGUGACACUGAAGAGAGACUCUCGGAUCAAGGCGACGACAAGGACCAGUCUGGGGACGAAGAGCAAAACGAUUUCGACGAAGAGACAGGCACUGUUGAUGACCUUGACCCCAACGCUGUGGAUGAGAAACUCUGGGACGACAUUAAGAACGAGUCGGAGAAAGAAAGGGAGAUGAAGAAUGACAAGGCUAAAGGAAAGAAAUCUGAAGAGCAGACUGCAGGAGAUGGGAACCGGGACGAAGGGGACGAAGGGGACGAAAUGGAAGAAAUGGGAGGGUCAGAAGAGGAGAUGGACGAAGACGGUGAAGACCGAGACGAAGGUGGGGAGCGACCCGAAGGCCAACAGAUGGACCAGCAUGUGGAGGAAGAGAACGCUCUAGAUCUGCCCGAGGAACUGCAGUUGGCUGGCGAGGAUGAGAUUGAAGACGAUGAUAUUUCAGAUGAUGGCAUGGAUGAGUUGUCGGAUAUGGACAAUCCUAGGGAGGAAGUCGAAGGGGGUGAGUUUGAGGAGACUGGGGAGACCGAACAGCAGGAGAAACAGUUGGAUGAAGGAGCCAGUGAGGAUGAUAUUGACCUAGAAGAGGAGCAGGCUGAGAACGGUGUUGCUCAGGACGACGAGAUUAUGGAAGACCAACCCGAAGCUGCGGAAGACGACCAGAAAGACGAUCAUAAUCCCCGAGAAGACGACACGGUCCACGAGUUGGAAGAAACUGCUGGUGGAGAAUCUGGAGCUGCGAACGAGGUUCAGGAGAAUGUCGAUGCCGAACAGACCGUCGAGGGCAUGAACCAGACUGACAAAGAACCGAAUCCUCAACAAUCUCAGCCAGGCAAGGCUUCCGAAGACGAGGAGCAAGGAAAGACCGGCACUGGAGCGUAUGAACGUGGUGCCGGACGGGCAGAAAGCCUGGAGUAUCAGCAGAAUCAAUCCCUGAAGCAGUUGGCGGAUGUCCUUGACCGAUGGCAUCAACGUCGCGAGAUCUUGCCGGCCGCUGAAGAAAAAGAUCAAACCAAUGAGCAAGGGGAUAUUGACAUGGCGGAUGUUGAUUUCGAGCAUGUCCAGGAUGAAGAUGAGGGAGAUGCACAAGCUCUCGGUGCCGCUGCCGCAGAUCAGGCUCAAAAUCUUGACCCAAGCAAAGCCAUAGAAGAUGAAGAUGCGCCAAUUGACGAAGACACAGCACUUCCUGAUGUCCUGGAGCCGGAGAUGCAGGAAGAUAUUGCGGAGAGGUUCAGCCGUCUCAAGGCGCAGCAGAGGCCAGCGGCAGCCAGAGAUGCAGGGGCUUUCGUCCCUGACCAACAGCCACAACAGAGGGAAUAUGACGGACAGACAGAUUCUGGCGACACUGCGUCUGAUGACUUGUCGCCUGAUAUCGAACAGCUCGAGCUCAGCGGCGACCAAGCACAACUAGCUGCGCAUCCGACGAGCAGCUCCAACGCAGCCCAGCUCUGGCAACAAUGCUCAGCCACUACGCACCAAUUUUCUCUCAUCCUAACGGAACAGCUGCGUCUCAUUCUCUCGCCCACGACCGCCACAAAGCUUCGCGGCGACUACCGCACAGGCAAGCGGCUCAACAUCAGACGCAUCAUCCCUUACAUCGCUUCGAAUUACAAGAGGGACAAGAUCUGGAUGCGUCGCUCGGUGCCCAGCAAGCGCAACUACCAGAUCAUGAUUGCGGUGGAUGACAGCAAAUCCAUGAGCGAGUCCGGCGCCGACGUCCUCGCGUUCGAGACGCUGGCACUCCUCACAAAGUCCCUGGCCAUGCUCGAGGUCGGGGAGAUCUGCGUCGUCGGCUUCGGCGACUCCCCCGCCAUCACGGUCGCGCACCCCUUCGACCAGCCCUUCUCGCCGGCCGAGUCCGGCCCACAGGUCUUCCGCGCGUUCAGCUUUGAGCAGCGAGGCACGGACGUCAAGAGCCUGCUCAGGCAGAGCAUUCGCCUGUUCCGGGACGCGAGGACUCAACGACAAGGAGGUGGCGGCCGCGAAGAGCAGUGGCAGCUCCAACUCAUCGUCAGCGACGGGCAUUGUUCGGACCACGACGGGAUCGCCCGGCUGGUCCGCCAGGCGCACGACGAGGAGCGCGUAGUGAUUGUCUUUGUCAUUGUCGACGCCGGCGACGAGAGCAUCCUCGACCUCAAGGAGGCGGUCUUCGAGCCCGACCCCGCCGCCCAAAGCCAUGCCGCCGGCCCGUCUGGCUCGGGAAAGGGAACCGGACCAGGCGCAGCGGAAAUGCGAGUCCGCACAAAGAGGUACCUCGACGGCUUCCCCUUCCCGUACUACCUCGUCGUCCGAGACGUCAGGGAUCUGCCUGGGGUGCUGGCGACCGCGCUGAAGGGCUGGUUUGGGAGUGUCGUGGACGUUCAGGGGUAAACUUGACAGUGCAGCCUCGUCGCGCACAAAGCAAGUUCAUCCAUCUCUGACCUUCGUUUUGGAUGACCCGUUUUCUUUUCUUUCUAUGCCAGGACGGGAAGAUCUGAGUUAGAGUUGGAGAGUGUGUUAAGGACAGAAGCUGGGGAUGAGUCUAAAGGGAGAUGGGCAGUGUGGGGUGAUAGAUUGAGGAUAUCGCAUGUAGAUUGACUGGGUACAUAGCUGUAAUGAGGACUUCCCCGUCUAACUGAAA